AUGUCACGGUUUGCCCACAAUAUAGACGCGUCCAAGGCUCAAUAUAGCAUCGAUGAAGAGAUUGCUGUUCAUGAAGCCGCGAUUAUUGAAUUAAAACACCAGCGUAAUAAACAUAGCUGCAUCUCAAGGCUACCCUCUGAAGUCAUUGCGCAAAUAUUUCUUCUACUAAAAGAAAUGGAAUCUCACCUUACCGUCGGCUUCGUCGCCGAGGUAUGCCGUCAAUGGCGAGAAAUCGUACUCGCAUCGCCUCGCAUGUGGAGCUCUAUCUCGUACCUCUCUCAGGCGGAUCGAGCUUUAGAGUGGCUCAAACGGUCGAAAGCUGUACCUCUGCAAAUUUACUUUCAUCCACGCCCUUCAGCGACACUACCAAAUCAAGUUGCCGAGGCCGUCAUGAUGGAAAUUGGACGUAUACAAGAGUUCAACAUCUGCUUGUCUCCGCAUAACAUACUCCCUUUCCUACGCCUGAACGAAGCUGCAAAUAUGCCCUCCCUUCGGCGCCUCGAGCUUGUCAAUAUCAGAAUUUCCUCGGAACUCUCCCCAUUUCCCAACCUGGAGUCACUGAAAAUUAUCCCCCUCACAUCUGGGAUCGAGGCUACCUCGCUACUGUCUUUGCUCCAUUCUUCUCCAAAACUGGAGGAGAUUGAAGUCCACGGUGUUUUUCAAGAUAGCACCAUAGAUGUCUCCAAGUUGCCCCAGAUUCAGCUUCCCAACCUCUCAAAUAUAUAUAUCGGUGCCAAUGCCCUGGGAGUCUCUGCCAUUCUAGCCCACAUAGAAUGUCCACUUGAUGCAAAGGUCACGUUCGAAAAUACAGACCCUCACCACGGGGAGCCUGACCUUUCAGGUUUGGUCACAAUAUGUGGUCGCCUCGCCAAAACCGGCUCUCCCCCACUUGACUUCGUUCUACUCGACGGCUCGCUUGACGGCGGAUUCCAAUUGAACGUUCGGGGUGGCGACAGAACAUAUAUUCUCCUCAGAUUACGCGUAGAAGAACGCUAUUACCCUAUGCUCGGCUUAGCGGUGUGCUCAGCCUUGCCAAUCAAACAUAACUCCACCUUGAUGAUGGAAGGGUUUGGAGAGAUGACACAGACGGAAUGGGCAAACGCGUUCCGCAGCUGGGAACGAGUGCAUACUCUCCAUCUGGUUGACAUCAAUAUAGGUGCCCUCAUGGCUCUGAUGAAACCAUCAUCCGAGGACCCCCCAUUGUCUAAACUGCACACCCUUUAUCUCUCUUUCUGCCAUUUGUCAAGCGGGCGUGGUAGCAACGAUAGAUCAGAGUUUCACGUUGUCAAGAAUCUCCUUGAGGAACGCAAACACCUCGACAUUCCGAUAACGAAGGUCUCAAUCAAAGACUGCACCAUUCUCAAAGAAGACGUUGAUGACCUCAUGGAGUUAGCGGAUAUUGAUUGGGACUACGACGAUGGAGGCUCGCCUGAGGAAGCGUACUGGACCGACUCUAGCUAUGGAUCAGACAUGUAA